AUGAGCCUCUGUGGUUGUCACUUUGGCUAUGAUAUAGGUCCCAAAAAUAUCAAACUUGGAAUUAUAGUUUCUCUAAAGGUUGUUUCGCAUUCGGUCACACCGGCCCUUCCGGAAACUCGAAAGCUCGCAUGCUCGCAUUGUCUCAAAAAAUUAGAAAAGUUGUUUCAUGCUCGUUCACACCGGCCCUUCGAAGAACUCGAAAGAUCUCAUGGACGCAAUGUCUCGAAAAACAAGAAAAGUAUUGUUUCACGCUCGUUCACACCGACCCUUCCGGAAACUCGAAAGCUCGCACGCCCGCAUUGUCUCAAAAAACUAGAAAGUUCGAGGCCAAUGAGUCUCCGUGGUUGUCACUUUGGCUAUGAUGUAGGUCCCAAAAACCUCAAACCAGGAAUUACGGUUUCUCUAAAGGUUGUUUCACGCUCAUUCACAUCAACCCUUCUAGGAACUCGAUAG